AUGAGCAAGACCAUUGCUGUUAUCGGUGCUACUGGCGCUCAGGGUGGCAGUGUAGCCCGCGCUUUCCUCAAGCUCGAUGGCUGGAAAGUUCGCGCUAUUACCCGCAACACCAGCAGUGACAGCGCAAAGAAGCUCGCAUCUGAAGGUGCCGAGGUAGUUUCAGCCAACACUGACGACGAAGCUUCUCUCGUCAAGGCUUUCGAAGGCGCUACCGCUGUCUUCGCUGUCACAAACUUCUGGGAACACCUCUUCACCGGCAGCUCGCCAGACGAGUCUGGUGAGAAGGAGGCCGAGCAAGCCAAAAAGCUCGCUCGUGCCGCCUCCCGGACAUCCUCGCUCGAGCACUACAUAUGGUCCACACUUCCCAGUGCCAAGGGGGCGACCAACGGCAAAUACCCUGUUCCUCAUCUCGACUACAAGGCUGAGGUGAAUGACUGGAUCCAAAGCGAUCUGCCAGACCUGCACGCAAAGACAACGUACCUCGUCCUCGGAUUCUACCCCAACAACUUCGCCAACUUCCCCAACCUCAAACCGUUUGAGCUUCCCGGCUCUUGGGGCAAAUGGGUCCAGGUCAUGCCCACGCCGCCCUCGGCUGUGAUCCCUGUCUCCGGUGACAUCAACGUCACACCCGGACUCUGGGCCCGUCAAAUCAUCGCGAAGCCCGAACUCACCAAAGGCAAGUUCGUCGACAUCGCGCCGGAAGUGCUCAGCUUUGGCGAAAUGCUCAAGAUCUACGGCGAAGUCACCGGCCGCCAGACGGGCUACCUCCAGGUCAGUGUCGAGGAUUUCACCGGCGUGUGGGGUAUUCCUGGAAAGGAGAUUGCGGACCAGUUCACCUUUGGCGAGCAGUUCACGGGGGGCUGGGGCUCGAUUGGCUCGAUUAGCAAAGAGGAUCUGGGCAUCAAGGACGAUGAAUGGCCAGGGUUCAAGCAGACGCUGGAGAGCCUGAAAGACCAGUUGUGA